AUGAUCUUCCAAAAACCAUCAAAUAAACAACCCACACCAAGUUUUCAAAUUGAGAACAAAGUUCUCCAAGUGACUCAAGUAUUCAACUACCUAGGACUUAGCCUCUCACCUAACGGAAAGUUUACUUUAGCAGUUAAAAAACUUGCUGACAAAGCUCAUCGUGCCAUGAACUCCACAAGGAAAAAACUUGAUAUUUGCAAGCUACCCCCAAAUCUAGCAGUCAAAACAUUUGAUAGCAUAAUUUCGCCUAUUCUUCUGUACAACUCCGAG